AUGGUAUCAGAAAAAAAUCGUCGAGGUCGAACAGCUCUUCAUGAAGCAAGCGAAACUGAUUGCCUCAAAAGAAUUAAAUUUUUAUGGGAAAAUAGCACGAUUUAUUCCAAAAGUCUAGAUAAACUGCCCUUAAUUCUGGACGAUAGUCUGUCAACAUGUCUCCAUAUAGCUGCUGCUGCAGGUAAAUUUGAGGCAGUCGAAUGGCUUUUCAAAGAGGCUCCGCAUGAUCUAAAUCGAGUUGAUAUGAAUAAACGUACUGCACUUCAUUUGGCUUGUCAAUACGGUCAUAAGAAGAUUGUCGAAUAUUUGCUCAAACAACGAGCAUCGGUUACACUACGUGACUAUCAACUGUACAAUUGUCUCGAACUUGCCAUAGUUAAUCAUCAUCGAGAUAUUGUCGAGAUUCUCCUUGCUCAUGAAUCGUGGCAUGAAAUGAUGUGCAACGCUCAACCAAUUGAAAGUACAUAUGCAUACGAUACAUCUAUGCGAAAAUUAAUUCGACACAUGCCUUAUGUUACUGUUGAUCUAUUGACUAAAAAAUUGAAACGAACAGUUGGUGGAAAAGAGCAACAAGUGUUCAAGACAAUCUACGAUUAUGAGUUCUUCGAAGAUGAAUUUAAAGUCAAAAAAUGGCAUCUUCAAGGUAUUGAAUGUUAUAUAAGAUGA